GGAGAGGGAGGACGGGGGAGGAGAGGGAGAAGAUUAAUGUGUCUUUGUAAAUCACCCGGUUAGAGGGGGGAGGAGGUGUGUCGUCGCUGCUUUGUGUUCGACUCCCUGAAUGGACACAAAGGCCGGACGGCUGCAGAGGUGACGGCUGCUCACAAUAGAGCUCUGUGAGAUUAGCAGGUCGCGGCGGCGGCACAAUGGAGGAGUGGCGAGAGCGACGACAGCGUCCGUCAAACUCAUCGAUAAUAAAACUUUUAAACAUACAGAGCUGCAAGGUGUGUGUGUGUGUGUGUGUGUGUGUUUGUGUGUGUGUGCAGGAACAAAAUGGUGGCCGGUGUUUUCAGAUGAGCCGGCUGCGUUGCCCCCGGUGACAUCUGCCACUCUGCCAGAGUCAUGUGACCCAGCAGGCAAACAGCGCCAUGAAUGUCUUUUGUUUGGGAGUGUUGAACUAUGAGAAUGUGGUGGAGACGGGUUCGGAGACAGACGAGGACGACAGGAACCUGGUCUCUGAGGACGGCGGCCUCGCUAAUGGUGGAGGAGGAGGAGGAGGAGGAGGGGAGGAUGAAGAUGCAGGCAGCCCAGCCGGCCUGCCCGCUCUGGAGGCGUCGCCCCGGGUUGCCCACGCCCUGCUGUCCUACCGGGACCCGGAGGGCUCAGAGGGCCGGGAGGGACCCCAGAACCACCACCACUGGAGGUUUGGGGACGACAGCAACGGACACCUGAACGGCGGCGAUGACAGGAAGGACGAGUAUGAACCUCUCGGUCCAGAGGCAGCGGGGAACGGUUCAGUGAAAGGCGUCUCCGAGCUGGACGAGUAUUUCCUGAAACGUAAACUGGACAAGAGCGACGGUCACCCGGCAACCAUCGCCGAAUACCUGCAGCGCAGUGACACCGCCAUAAUUUACCCAGAAGCCCCAGAGGAGGUGACACGACUGGGCACGCCCGAGGCCAUCGGACAGGACGAGAGCGAGCAUGACCUGCUGUCCGGCACACCUGACGACUUCGCCCAGCUGCUCACCUGUCCGUACUGCGACCGCGGCUACAAGCGCCUGACGUCUCUGAAGGAACACAUCAAAUAUCGCCACGAGAAGAACGAGGAGAGCUUCAGCUGCCCGCUGUGUGCUGACACCUUCAGCCACCGCGCUCAGCUGGAGCGUCACAUGACCACACACAAACCCACCACAGACCAGCCGCCGCUGCUGAACGAAGGAGCUGGAAACCGCAAGUUCAAAUGCAGCGAAUGUGGAAAAGCCUUCAAAUACAAACAUCACCUGAAGGAGCAUCUUCGUAUUCACAGCGGCGAAAAGCCGUAUGAGUGCUCCAACUGUAAGAAGCGAUUCUCCCACUCCGGCUCAUAUAGCUCCCACAUCAGCAGCAAGAAAUGCAUCGGCCUGAUCGCUGUCAAUGGACGAGUACGCAAUGGCAACAACAGCAAACCUGGCUCCUCCCCCAACUCCACCAACUCAUCGCCUGGAAGCCCCGCCCUCGCCCAGCUCCGCCACAAACUGGAAAACGGGCGACCGCUCUGCCCUCUGGACCAGCAGGGUCAGCUGGACAUCAAAGCCGAGCCGAUGGACUUCAACGAGUACCGGCUGCUGAUGGCCUCUCAGCAUGGGUUUGGAGCAGCGGGCAUUUACUUAAAUGGACGCGGAGGAAGCCCACUGGGCAUCCACAGCUCCUCCCAGAGCCCCCAUCAACAUCUGGGAGGCAUGGGGUUAGAGCUCCCCCUACUGGGCUACGCAGGGCCUUUCGGAAACAACCUGAGCGAGGUGCAGAAGGUGCUUCAGAUCGUGGACAACACUGUGUGCCGGCAGAAGAUGGACGGGAACCCAGAGGAGAUCUCCAAGCUCAGGGCCUACAUGAAGGAACUGGGGGCCCAGAUGGAGGAGCAUAAGCUGGCCCAGGCUGGCUUCCAGGUGGUGGGCCAUGGUAGCCCCACAAAGAGCAUCAUUGACUACACGCUGGAGAAGGUCAACGAGGCCAAGAGUCUGAUUGACGACUCCAAGAGGCAAGUAGACGUCAAGAAGGAGAAGCCAAACCACUCAGUUGAUCUUGGCGGUGAGGAGAAAUCCCACAACAGCCAGAACCAGUUCCUGCCAUUCUCCUGCCAGUACUGCAAGGAGACCUUCCCUGGGCCCAUCCCACUGCAUCAACAUGAGCGCUACCUGUGUAAAAUGAACGAGGAGAUCAAAGCAGUCCUGCAGCCGGCUGAGAGCAGUCCUGGCGGCCGCAGGGGCUCAAUGCCCUCUGAGCUGUCCAGUAACGAGCGGGCCACCAGCCCCAUCAACCCCUUCAAGGACCACGUGUCAGUGCUCAAAGCCUAUUUUGCCAUGAACACUGAGCCCAACUCCGAGGAACUGCUCAAGAUUUCAAUUGCUGUAGGCCUUCCUCAAGAGUUUGUCAAGGAGUGGUUUGCCCAGUGGAAGAGCCAAAACCACUUUGGAGGCAGUCUGAGGAAAAAGUCGCCCCCUCCCGACCGCAGCGGACUGGACGUCAACCACAGCUUGAGCCGCUCACCUGCUGUAGAUUUACACGGAGGCUUCACUAAUGGUGACGCCUCCCACAGACUCACAAAGGCCAACCAGUUUACAGCCAACAGGCAGACAAAAGGGGACAAACCACUAGACCCCUUGGACCACUUGAGGAGCAACACUCCAUCACCCCUCAACCUUUCCUCUACUUCCUCCAAAAACUCUCAGAGUAGCUCUUACACUCCAAACAGCCUAGCUUCUGAGGAUGCCCAUGGGGAUAUACCACUGGAUCUGUCACUACCCAAACAUAUGGCGCAGAAGCUCAUCUCUGUUGGAGAGAAGCGACCCAGGCCCAACGGUUUCAUCACUGAGCGCAAUGGUGAGGCACAAGGACCCUUAGAUCUGGGCAACAUCAAGAAGGAGGUCCUGGGCUCUGAUGGUGGAGGGAACUCCGUCCACCAGCUGGAGAAGAGCACCAGUCCCAUCUUUGGGAUUAAUCCCUUUGCUGGCUACACUUCUCUGCCACCUCACGGGGCGUUUCCUCCACCCACCUUCAUGUCUCCUGCCCAGGCCACCAUCCCAGGCCUCAGGCCCUACCCAGGCCUCGACCCCAUGAGCUUCCUGCCCCAUAUGGCCUACACCUACGCCACCGGGGCAACCACAUUUGCUGAAAUGCAACAAAGGAGAAAGUACCAACGGAAACCAGGUUUCCAGGGGGAGCUGCUGGACGGGACGGCGGACUAUCUGUCAGGCCUGGACGACCUGACAGACAGCGAUUCGCUGCUCUCCAGGAAGAAGAUUAAGAAGACUGAAAGUGGUAUGUACGCGUGUGACUUGUGCGACAAAACAUUCCAGAAGACCAGUUCCCUCCUAAGACACAAAUAUGAGCACACAGGGAAGCGUCCUCACCAGUGUCAGAUCUGUAAGAAAGCCUUCAAACACAAACACCACCUGAUCGAACACUCGCGGCUGCACUCCGGAGAGAAACCCUACCAGUGUGACAAGUGCGGAAAGCGCUUCUCCCACUCGGGCUCGUACUCGCAGCACAUGAACCACCGCUACUCCUACUGCAAGAGGGAGGCGGAGGAGCGCGAGGCGGCCGAGAGGGAGGCCCGGGACAAAGGAGGAGGAGGAGGAGGAGGUCUGGAGCCCACUGAGCUGCUGAUGAGGAGGGCCUACCUGCAGGGGCUGGGGCCACUUGGGUACUCAGACCCAGAGGACCAGCAGGAGGACGGUGGCGGCGGCGGCGGUGGAGGAGAAGGUACGAUCCUGAGGGACGGCAGCGAGGGAAGAGCACGAGAGGACAGGGAAGUGGACAACAAGACGUACGAGGAGGUGACAGACAGACAGGAGGCAAGUUUCAGGGAAGGAGAGGAAGAGGAGGAGGAGGAAGAAGGUGACAGCAGGAGCCAGAUGGACUCAGUGAGGGACGGCGAGGGCAAAGACACGACGCAGCUGAUGGACGAGAGUUCACGAGAAGGGAAGACAGACGGCAAGUCGGACCAGGAAGACUGAUCCAGAAAGUAAAGAGCUUUGGAACAUUUGUCACUCCAUUCAGAGAGAAUGCUUUUAUUUUGAAGGGACUGCACACAUUAUAUGGGGAGGAAAUAAAGCAGAUUGUGACAGGAUGAAAGCCCAGAUUAAGAUUUUAUUUCAACUUAUAAGAGUUCUUUAAAAAAAGAAAAUAGGACUUUAUUCGUCCCAACAGUCAGAUAAAAGGAACAUGUUCGUUGUUCUGAGCUGAUUUUUUACAGUUUUACAGUUAAUUCAGAACAAGUUAAAGACAAACAGUGACCUUUGAUUUAUCAGGUUCAGUCUGUUUUAGUCAAAAAUACUUUAUGUUAUCAUCUUUUUGUGACUUUUCUGGCCCUAAAAUGUAAAAUAAGAAAAUGUUUUAUCUCAGAAUUCGUUCUGUAACUUUACGGAGUCACUUAAGAUUCAUUUGUUAUGAAUGAGUCAUUUUCUAUCUUGUAUGAACCAGUUUUUACCAUUAGCUACCAUGCUACACAGCCUGCUGGCUAGUGGUAAUAACACAGCUAAUGCUAACGUUCGUUAGCAAGAAUAAUUGUUGUUUUGAGUAAUUAAAGUCACUGCGAUAACUUCGAAAGAUACAUCAAUCACGUCCAAAAUUUUUAUUGUAUGAAUCUAAAAUAAAUUCAGGCUUCUAGCUAACAGAUUUGAUGCUAACCGUAACCAGCCAGUGAUGACAGUGAUGGCUAAUAUUUGUUAGCUCUGAGCACUUAAUUUAACCUCUUCAGUUACUUUUUAUUGAACUCGGAGGUGAACAAACUGUCAGUAGAGAGAAAGUGGAGAUAAGAAGCUGUUGAGACUAAUUAGCACGAGCAUGUUCCCGGGCCAUUAGCGACUUAGCGGCUAGUUCUCCAGCCAGCGUAUUUCACCAACUAGCCCUGCGAAGACUAAGUCACCAAACUACUAGAACCUAGAGAGAACCUGAUAGGUCAAAGGUCACAAAGUGUUUCAUAUUAAGUUUCCAGCUUGUUCUGAUCAGUGACUGAAACGAGAUUAUGUUCACAUUAAGAAGUAAAACCAGACGGUAGAGCUCCUCUCCGCUCCCCGAAUAAUUUCUGUACGGUCCCGAACCGAGGAUGCAACGCGAUGGCGGCCGACAUUCCCGCCAUGAAGCUGGGUGGGAUUGUUUAAAAAUCCACAUUAUGCAAAAAAUAAAAAAUAAAAAAAGUAAUAAUGAUUAUCAUUAUAAUGAAGUGAAGCUGUUUGUAAUGUACAGUGUUAUAAAGGCCUAAAAGCUGUGUGGUGCUAUAAUGUUCUUAACUUCCUGUGUCUCGUUGUGUUCGAACCCCACAUCAGGAAAUUGCACUCGACUCCCCGAAUCACUACAAAAUAAAAAAAAGAAUAAAAAAAGAGGGAAAAGCCUCGAACACUCGUCACUUCCUGUCAGUGUUAUCGUCGUAUCUUUUGUCUCCUUUUACUGUGACGUUUUUUAUUUUGAUCCUUUUUUUAUUACUUUUGCCAACUAACCACACGACUUUGGGCCUCCUGAUUAUUUUUUUCUUUAUGUGAAGGAACAUUUAAACCUGUGUGAUUUUCAAAAUAAAAUGUGGAUGUGAGUCUUAAAGAGGAGAGGAAGGAGUGUUAAUAUGAAAGGGCUCCGUUUUAAAAGAUGAAAUAAAGGACAGAGCCUUUUUUGUGUGUGUUUCUCCAGAGAAAGCCUUAUAUGCAAACCUUCCACCUGUUCUUAAAGUGCCAUCCCUGUACAGCGCCACCUGUCCUCUCAUGAUGAACACUGCGCCCUGUUCCCAUCCGUCAGUAUUAGCAUAGAUAGACUGCAGUUUGUUAGUUUACACACGUUUGUGCAAUUUUCUGUAUUUUUUUGUUCCAUGACAGUAUUUUUUUGUCAGUAUUACCUUUUUUUGUUGAAUUUCCAACACAAAUUUCUUUUUUUGUUUUGUUUUUAUUUGAGAAUUUACCAUUUUAUUUAUGUGAGUCAUUUUAUAUUUCCUAAUUUUAUUUAUUUCAUACUGUAGUGUACAGUAUUAGAGUUCCUCACACAUAGAUAUAUUUUAGUAAAAUGAUUCUGUCAUUGACUAUUGGAGCAAACUAUGAAUAGAGGGCGAAAAUUCACUUCUUUUGUUUUAUUGUUUUAUUUCAAACUACUGGAAAUUCUAAAUUUGGGGAACUUUUGAUACGAUUAUUAUUAUUGUGAAAACACUGUAUUUUUGAGAGUAAAAAUCCACUUUAUUCAUCCCACUGAAAAGGUGAAAAAGGACUGAUGAUGAAGAUGAUGAAGGAAUUCCUGAAAUGUCUGAAGUAUUAUUAUUAUUAUUAUUAUUAUUAUUAUUGAAUUUUUAAUUUCUCUUGGAGAUGCUCGAAUAAAUGUAGCCAAAUUAAAUUUUAAUAAAACUGUGUUAUUCUUCUUGUAA